CGCUCCCGUUAAACCACAACAAAGAUGGAGGCGCUACAUGACAGCUAGGUUUGCAUUUUUCAUGGCGACGCGCUCAAACUCUCGCUGAAGUGAAGAUGGACGCGCGGCAUCUACCGGAGCCGUGCGCGGAGAAACGCGUCCGUAUCGUCGGAUCCGAGCUGGUGGAGAGUUACACGGUUUACAUCAUAGAGGUGUAUGUUGGAGAUCACAGUUGGACUGUGAAGCAUCGAUACAGCGACUUUCACGAUUUACAUGAAAAACUCACUGUGGAGAAGAAGAUCGAUAAGCAUCUGUUGCCGCCCAAGAAGAUCAUCGGCAAAAAUUCCAAAAGCCUCGUAGAGAAGCGACAAAAGGAGCUGGAGGUUUAUCUCCAAACGCUCCUGAGCAGAUUCCCUGCAUCGACCCCCAAAGUCCUGUCUAACUUCUUACUCUUUCACUUAUAUGAAAUCAGUGGAAUUGCUGCUGCCCUGGCUGAAGAGCUCUUUCAUAAGGGUGAGCAGUUGUUGGCUGCAGGCAAGGUGUUUCUCCUCAGGCCGCUCCAGUUGUACGCCGUCACACAGCAGCUAAAACUCGCCAAGCCAACCUGUGCCAACAGAGAUGCCAAAGCCGACCUGGGACACAUCCUGGACUUCACCUGCUGCCUCAAGUACCUCAAGAUCCCUGGAAUGAAAGCAGCGGUGGGGACGAGUAACAUAGAGGAGAAAAGCCUCCCGUUUGACCUGUCCAUCUUUAAAUCACUGCUUCAGAUCGAGAUCAGUGAUUGUGAUGCUGGACAGAUCAAAGGUCUGCCUUCCCUCAAGCCCACACUGGCCACGCUCAGCAUCCAUCUCUCAGCCAGCAGUAUGAAGGAAAUCUUGGUUCCCGAAGCGUCCGAAUUUGCGCAGUGGGAACCUGAGGGUGUUGAUACAGACUGUCCUGUGACGGCGAUCAUUCCCACGUGGAAGAUGCUCACUACUUUGGACAUGAGCCGAAACUUCAUACGCUGCAUUGAUGAGUCGGUGAAACUGAUUCCUGAAGUCGAAUUCCUUGAUCUCAGCUAUAAUGAAUUGUCUCUAGUGGAAAACCUUCAGCAUUUGUACAACCUGGUUCAUCUGGAUCUGUCCUUCAACAAACUCACGGUGCUGGAGGGCGUUCACACUAAACUGGGGAAUAUCAAGACUUUGAAUCUGUCUGGGAAUCAGCUGGAGACCCUUUCCGGCCUCAGUAAACUUUACUCAUUGGUUAACUUGGAUUUAAGCAGCAACAAAUUAGCACAGCUGGAUGAAAUUAAAAACAUUGGCAGUCUUCCCUGUCUGGAGAAACUGUCUCUGGCUGAUAACCCCAUGUGCAUCAUCCCAGAUUAUAGGACUAAAGUUCUGGCCCAGUUCUGCGACCGGGCCUCCGAGGUGUGUUUGGAUGGUACAACCACCACAGAAAAAGAGCUCGACACAGUGGAGGUGCUAAAAGCCAUUCAGAAAGCAAAAGAGGCCAAAGACCGAAUGGCAAACAAUGAGAAAAAGGUGAGUGACGUCCCGGGACAGGCUGCGGGCGGGCCACAGUCCUCUUCGUCCUCUCUCGUCGCGCCGCCCUCCUCUUCCUCCCCCUCUCUGUCUCGUUCCACCUGCUCCAGUCAAGAAAUAACUACUUGUAAAGAAAAAGCUUUUAUUACCAAAGAGAUAUUAACUCCUGUGGAUUCUACACUUACCCAGAGAUGCUAUGAUGUUUACAGCUCAGCCUGUGAUAUCAUUCCACAGGUGAAAACUCAAAUUGAUUCCAGUUUGUCUUCGGAGGUCACAUUCGAAAGCAGCCCCUGUUGCUGUGAAGAGGAGUGGAAACCUUGGACCGCAAAUCUUUCAAAUCUCUUUGUACCUCCUCCCUUACUGUCCUACGCUACCACCAACCAGGAGUUUACCAACCAGCUUUCUGCUCACAUCAGCCAGGCUAAUAUAGAAGAAUCAACUCCGAUACCUUGCAAAACCACGACUCUUGAUGGCACAGACCAAGGCAGUCCUCAAUAUGGAGAUGGGUACUUUGAAAUGACAAUAGAUGACACCAACGAGAUCAUGGGUUGUUCCUCCUCGUCUACCAUUCAGGAAAAUAUGCCAGAUGAUGUGAAGAAGGAAUCUGCAAUUGAUCAUGUAAAAAUGGUGGUUUGGUCUCUUUGCAUCAGUGUUGGAGAAGGUUUGAGUCAGCGGCCAUCUUGUUUGGUGGCAACGGAUAGUUCGCUUGUGGUUUUCCACACAAGGUCAGAAGAACCAGUGAGUACUUUGGAAGAACUAAUGGAGAACCUUGAGACAGACUUGGUUGUGCCGUACACCAACAUUGAGACCUUUCAGUUUGAUAUUCCAGAGGUUUGUUUCUCCUUGAAGGUCAAGUCAAGCAAUACACGAUGGUACUUUUUCUCAGGCGCCCAAAGUCUGAAGGAGAUGCACUCUUGCAUUGUUCCACAUGUGGACCAAACUAAUGAGCAAGUUUUGAACUCCUCUAACACUCAAGUGUUUAUCCGACAGUUUCUGAACUCUUGGGACUUUGAGGAAAGUGAGGGCAGCGUUAAAGGCGGACACUUGAUCCAUUUCCUUGAUCUAGACUCAUCUACCUCUGACAAGAACGUCGCAAACAACCCACAGUUUCCAAAGAACUCAGCUACCUUGGAUGUAUUGUCCCAAAUCGGCCUGUUUGAAAGUGGUCAGAACCAAACCUCCAAUCCCAUGAUUCUUUUCCUGACCUCUCGGCACCUCUGCAUUCUCAAGGUAGACUUCAUUACUCUGGCGUCCCGGGACCCUUCGGAAGCAAGUGCAAUGCGGAACUGCUCCAAAGUAACCCGUUUCCCACUCUCAUUCAUGCUUCUCGACCCAAAGCAGGACUGUUCAUGUAGGGCUGUCUCAGACUCUCGGCGUUUCUACAAUGAGCAUGUUGUAGAACUGAUGGCAGGUCACGAACGUCUGACUGUUGUUUUUGCCCUUCCACAAGACAAGUUCACAUUCCAGAUAGAAUUCACACAGCUUCGGUCCAAUCUGAGGGAAAUUAAGACCAUCGCUCUCCAGCGCACCAAGAAAGGACACUCGAAAGUGCACAGUUGUCCCGCUCCUGCUACAGCCACAGAAAGAAUACCUACCAGCAGUGUCCCUCAGGAGGUGCCAAGGCCCCACCUGACCCUGUCUCUGCUGUAUCCAGCCAAAUCCCUCAUUCAGCAGCUGAUGGAAGACAACCAAUGUCCCUCACACUUCUCGCUCUCCUCCUCAUUACUCCUCAUCUCGUCUCUCAAGGGAGACCAGCUCGUUCACUUCUUCCACGACAAUAUUGCAGAGAUGGAGAAUGAGGAGCUGAAACACAUCCUGUGGACGUCGGUGCUCUUCUACAGAUCUCCUGAUGUGGAGACGACCGCCUGUGUCCUGCUGUCCACCAAAGCCAUCUACUUCGUCCUGGACGAUACGGCAUCCUCACUCACCAACCAAUCAAUGAUGUGGACCUGGAACCCGUCUGAGCACAAGGACACUGAUUUCCUCUUCUCCUUCUGCUUCACCCUAAAACUAAAAGACCUGCAGAGCGUCAAUGUGGGCUUGUUCGAUCAGUACUUCAGAGUCGUGGGUGAGUUUGUGUUGACCAUGAUCUCUUCUGGUCACAUUUUCCAUCCAAAAUGAGUCAAAGAUAUACAGUACGUGAUUGGAUGACAUAUU